ACGUCUUUCUCCACUCGCCUGCUCCACGCUCCCGCUAUCCUGGAAUAUCAUAUCCCUGCCGCCACUGAGUUAUCGCCCUGCUCAUCCUUCAAGUUACACGGAUCUUGGCAAUGUCAAUCGCACCCAAUCUCUCCUACAUGCACAAGCAGCAAGAAACGACCACGGAAAAGCUUUCCACGUACAACAGUUAUAACCAGCAUAAUUUCGACCAUCUUGAAUGGACCAAUGAUGAGUUUGAUAUUUCCUCUCAUGUCAAUUGGCAAACAAACAAUUUUGUUCCAUAUGACAACAUACCCCUGCCUGAUCUACUGGACCCGGCUCCUGAAUCCAACCUCCUCCCCCUCGACUGCAGCUUCGAUCAUGACUUCCAGAACCUCUCCCGAUGCUCCUGCGAAGCUUGCUCUUGCCUCCCAACAGUACCGCAGUACCUUCCCGACCUCUCCCAUGAUAUCAAGCCGGCCUCUCUCACCAGCUACUCCUCAGCCUCCAUGCCAGCUGGGUCAGCAGCCGCCAUGAUGCCCUCGUUGCACUCCGACCAUACCAGCGCGAUGGGCAGGCACGCGCCCGCCGCGCCAUCCACGGCGCGAGAGCAACAGCGACCUCCUCUCGUCAAGGCAUCAUCAGAUCACACCCAGCAAGAAAGCACAGCUCCCGCAAGCAGCUCUGGCAAGAGGCCGGCACCGCCACGAGCGCCCCCAGCCGCCAAGAGGCCCUGGACCCCGGAGGAGGAGGAGCGCUUCCUGGCGGCGAUGGACAGGUUCUACAAGCCCAAGGAGGACGAGGGUGGGGUAGGGCUUGGGCAGGGGGUUGCGGAGGUGAUAGCUUUCAUCGUUGGGACGAGGACGGCGGCGCAGGUGCGGUCGCAUGCGCAGAAGUACUUCUUGAGGAAGCGAAGAGCUUUGGCUAGCUCUGCAUAGGAAUAUGGAAGACAGAUUUGUUUUUGCAUGCAUGGGAAUGGUCGUCUGAUUUGUUAACGUCUUGGUGUCAAUAACAUUGAAAUGAUUUCUUUCCAUCUGUUUAGUCUUCUCGUUCGUUUUAGUUUCACAGUCUUCGCACUCCUGACGGUGCCUUUUUGUGCUUUGAAGGA